UUUAUCAGGUCCAUUUCAAGCUCACUUCGGUUUGAUUGCCAUUCGGCAUGGUAUCCCUCCGCCAGACUGCUGCUAAGCCUAACUGGCUGUAGAGACCUGAGCCUUUGCCAAUGCUAUGAUGGUUCUCCGUUGGUUUCAAAUUUUUCUAGAAAAUGAGAUUGCUUAGGCCUUUAACUAAUUACUAUAAAUUUUCUCGAUGACAUAAAGAAACCUUGACUUGCACUAAAAGUUUCAGAAUGAUAAUUUUUAGGUUUGAUAUAUGUCACUUGGAAAAGAAAGUCCUCAGCUAGUUAAAGUUGGUGACUUGCACUCCAUCUGCUCCACUCCUACGAGUCUUUCGCAUUCCUCCAAAGUUCACCCCCAAACAAUGGAAAACAAACAAAUGGGGAAGGCAGAUGAAGGUUUGCCUCAAACGGGUGGUGUAGCCCGUGAUCCAGCUCAAAUUGUCGCAAAAGCAUUGUUAUGUUUCAAUGAUAAAUAUAUUUACAGCAGCUGUGAAGAAUCGUGCAGAUUGACUGCAAGUGGAAACCUAGGUGUUCCUCCCGGCUACAUUGAUGAAUAUUGCAGUGGACCUUGCCUGUCAGAGACACACCUAGUGCUCAACUGUAUAGAGAACAUCAUGACAAACUUCCUGUUCUACAACAGGGCCACGAUUCAGGAUAUUAGAGACACAAUCCAGGCAGGAUGUGGCUAUGGUCCUGAAAGAGGUGAUUUCAAUGUGGAAGAGCACAUUGAAGCUGAGGGAAGCAGUGCAACCAAGGCAGCCACUCAGAUUUUGAUUGGCAUAGGGUCGAUGAUUAUUGCCUGCACUCUAUUACUUUGAGUUGCUCUGUUUCAGAAUGAGGCAAUAGGACAUGACUGUAAUUUGCUGAGCAUCAUAUUAGAUUUAUUCAACUUGUUUGAUUGUAAGAUAUAUAUAUCUGUAAAACUUUGUUUACUGUUUUCACUCUGAAAGUACUAUGAUUCUGUA